UUUUUUUUUUCGGAGUGUUUUCUGUGGUGCCAGAGCCUUUGAAACUAUGCUGCUAUCCCCCACGAGUCUUUUUCAUCAACCUUUCAUCUUAAAAUUGAUAAUCAAAGCAAGAACCUUACAACCAUUAUAAUUUCGUUGCAUACACAUAGCCUGGUAUCGAUCAGGUGGUCGCCAUGGCUUUACGGGUGUGGUAGCCUACACAUCUCCUUCCUUCAAUUGGAGCCGAGUUUCCUGAGUCUACCAUGUUGAUGGCGAUAAGAGCUGGUUUUAGUGGAUGGUCCAAUACUUAAAGACCAAGUAGUUACAGGAUGACAACAUGGCUGCUCCCCUUAUGGCACCACCAGGACCUGACAGCUUUAAAUAUUUUACCGCGGAAACAUUGGCUAACAUCGAGCUCCGGAUCAACGAGGAGAAGAACAAACCGCCGCCCAAACAGGACAGCAGUCACCGUGACGACGACGACGACGACAAACCCAAGCCUAAUGGCGACCUGGAGGCUGGGCGGAAUCUGCCCUUCAUCUAUGGCGACAUCCCUCCUGGAAUGGUGGCGACACCACUGGAGGAUUUGGACCCUUUCUACCAGGCUCAGAAAACAUUCAUAGUGCUAAACAGAGGGAAGACAAUCUUCCGCUUUAGUGCCAACCCUGCCUUGUACAUCAUAAGUCCUUUAAAUCUUUUCAGGCGAAUAGCUAUUAAAAUUUUGAUACAUUCUCUUUUCAGCAUGAUCAUUAUGUGUACUAUUUUGACCAACUGUAUAUUCAUGACCUUUAGUGAACCUCCUGAGUGGUCCAAGCAAGUAGAGUACACAUUCACAGGGAUUUAUACAUUUGAAUGUCUUGUAAAAGUCGUUGCUCGAGGAUUCUGUAUAGAUGGGUUUACAUUCCUAAGGGAUCCCUGGAACUGGCUGGAUUUCAUGGUCAUUUCUAUGGCAUAUAUAACAGAGUUUGUGGACCUGGGCAAUGUCUCUGCGUUGAGAACAUUCAGAGUUCUCCGAGCAUUGAAAACUAUCUCUGUCAUACCAGGCCUGAAGACCAUUGUCGGUGCUCUAAUACAAUCGGUGAAGAAAUUGUCAGAUGUUAUGAUCCUCACGGUAUUCUGUCUCGGUGUCUUCGCUCUGAUUGGACUACAGCUCUUCAUGGGCAACCUACGACAAAAAUGCGUGAUUUGGCCAAUCAACUCCACCGAGAACUUCUUGGCCAACGGCAGCAUAGGCUUCGACUGGAAUGAAUACAUCAAUAACGACAAAAAUUUCUACUUCCUGCCUAGACAAUUGGAUGCCCUUUUAUGUGGCAACAGUUCAGAUUCUGGCCGCUGCCCUGAAGGCUUCACAUGCAUGAAAGCUGGCAGGAAUCCAAAUUACGGUUACACCAGCUUUGACAGCUUUGGAUGGGCUUUCCUGGCUCUCUUCAGACUCAUGACACAGGACUUCUGGGAGAACCUCUACAUGCUGACCCUGCGGGCAGCAGGGAAGACCUACAUGAUCUUCUUUGUGUUGGUGAUCUUCGUGGGGUCCUUCUACCUGGUCAAUCUGAUCCUGGCUGUGGUGGCCAUGGCCUAUGAGGAGCAGAACCAGGCCACCAUGGAGGAGGCUGAGCAGAAAGAGGCGGAGUUCAAAGCCAUGCUGGAGCAGAUCAAGAACCAGCAGGAGGCUGCACAGGAGGCCGCACAGUCCAACGCCAUGGCGACGUCGGCAGGCACCAUGUCGGAGGACGUAGGGGAUGAUGACGGCGGGGGGACCCUGUCCUGUAGCUCGUCAGAGAUGUCCAAGCUCAGCUCCAAGAGCGCCAAGGAGCGGCGCAACCGCAAGAAGAAGUGGCGCCAGAAAGAGCAGUCGCAGCGGGAGGAGAAGGGGGACUGCGAGAAGUUUGUCAAGUCCGAGUCGGAUGACGGCAGUAAGAAGAGCCGCUUCCGUUUCCCUGACAACCGGCUAGGCCGCAAGUCUUCCAUCAUGAACCAGUCCCUUCUCAGUAUCCCCGGCUCACCGUUUCUGUCGAGGCACAACAGCAAGAGCAGCAUCUUCAGCUUCAAGGGCGUGGGCUCGGAGAACGAGUUCGCUGACGACGAGCACAGCAUGGUGGAGGAGUGCGAGGAGAGGCGGGGCCCCCGGUUCAGCCCGUACCGGCGGUGCAGCUACACGAGCUACCACCACGGUGGUGGGAAGAGGAACUCCACGGUGGACUGCAACGGCGUGGUGUCUCUGAUCAGUCCGGGGACCGGCGGACGCCUUUUGCCUGAGGUGAAAAUAGAUAAGGCAUCUGGUGACGACAGUCCCACUACUGAGGUUGAGGUGAAGAAGAAGCUGUCUGGUUCCCUGAUGGUGUCUAUGGACCAGCUCAAUACCUCCUUCGGAAGGAAAGAGCGGACCAACAGUGUCAUGAGCGUCAUCACCAACACACUAGCGGAGGAACUGGAGGAAUCUCAGCGUAGUUGUCCACCGUGGUGGUAUAAGUUCUCCAACAUGGUCCUCAUCUGGGAGUGUUGUCCCAUCUGGUUGAAGAUCAAGGAGAUCGUCAAUCUGAUCGUCAUGGACCCCUUCGUGGACCUGGCCAUCACUGUCUGCAUCGUCCUCAACACCCUGUUCAUGGCCAUGGAGCACUAUCCCAUGACCCCGCACUUUGAGGAGGUGCUGUUCGUGGGAAACUUGGUGUUCACAGGGAUCUUUGCUGUGGAGAUGUUUGCCAAGUUGGUUGCCAUGGAUCCCUACUACUACUUCCAGGAGGGGUGGAACUGCUUCGAUGGCUUCAUUGUGACUCUGUCCUUAGUGGAGCUGGCAUUGGCUGACGUGGAGGGGCUGUCUGUGCUCAGAUCAUUCCGAUUGCUGAGAGUGUUUAAACUGGCCAAGUCAUGGCCCACACUCAACAUGCUGAUUAAAAUUAUCGGUAACUCUGUGGGCGCCCUGGGAAACCUGACCCUCGUCUUAGCUCUCAUCGUCUUCAUCUUUGCCGUGGUCGGCAUGCAGCUGUUCGGCAAGAACUACAAGGACUGUGUGUGUAAGAUCGCCCUGGACUGUGAGCUGCCCCGCUGGCACAUGCACGACUUCUUCCACUCGUUCCUGAUGGUGUUCCGGGUGCUGUGCGGGGAGUGGAUCGAGACCAUGUGGGACUGUAUGGAGGUGGCUGGCCAGGGCAUGUGUCUCAUCGUCUUCAUGAUGGUCAUGGUCAUCGGGAACUUGGUGGUGUUGAACCUUUUCCUUGCCUUGCUGCUGUCCUCGUUCAGCGCAGACAAUUUAGCCGCAACAGAUGACGACGGAGAAAUGAACAACCUUCAGAUCUCCGUCAUCCGUAUCAAGAAGGGCAUCGCCUGGUUCAAGAUCAAGCUGGCAGAGUUGGUGCUCAGCUUGACCAAGAAGCCUCCGGUGGAGGAUGAACAGAAAACCGUAGACGACAUGUACGACAAGAAACUGAACUGUAUCGCCAACCAGAGUGGUGUGGAUAUCAACCGCGACCUGGACUACACCAAGAAUGGUAACGGCACCACUAGUGGUAUGGGAAGCAGCUUCGGGAGGUACUUGAUCGACGAGGACCACAUGUCGUUCAUCCACAACCCUAACCUGACCGUGUGCGUUCCUAUCGCGGUCGGAGAGUCCGACUUCGAAAACCUCAACACCGAGGAAUUCAGCAGCGAGUCGGAGAACGAGAACAGCAAAGAUCUGGAUGACACCAGCUCAUCAGAGGGCAGCACCAUAGACAUCAAGCCUGAUGUGGAGGUGGAGGCGGUGGUGGUGGAGGCUGAAGAAGUGUACUUAGACCCAGAAAACUGUUGGACACCUGAGUGUAUUAUCAAGUAUCCUUGCUGCGAUGUGCCCAUCACUCACGGGUGGGGAAAAUAUUGGUGGUUCCUGAGAAAGACAUGCUAUCUUAUUGUGGAGCAUAACUGGUUCGAAACCGUCAUUAUCUUUAUGAUCCUACUCAGUAGUGGGGCCCUGGCUUUUGAGGAUGUGUACAUCCAGCAGAGGAAGACUAUCAGGACCAUCUUGGAAUACGCCGACAGUGUGUUCACCUACAUCUUCAUCCUGGAGAUGCUGCUCAAGUGGGUCGCUUACGGAUUCCACAAGUACUUCACCAACGCCUGGUGCUGGCUUGACUUCUUCAUCGUCGAUGUGUCUAUAAUCAGUCUGGUAGCUAAUGCACUGGGCUACUCGGAUCUAGGUCCUAUUAAAUCACUAAGGACACUAAGGGCCUUGAGACCCCUCAGAGCCUUGUCACGUUUUGAAGGGAUGAGGGUUGUAGUCAACGCCCUGGUGGGAGCCAUCCCCUCCAUUAUGAAUGUGUUGCUGGUUUGCCUCAUCUUUUGGCUGAUUUUCAGUAUCAUGGGAGUCAACUUGUUUGCGGGCAAGUAUUACUACUGUUUCAACCAGACAGCAGAGGAGUACUUUGAUGCCAGAGAAGUCAACAACAAGACACAGUGCCUGGCCCUCAUUGAACAGAACUUCACUGAGGUCAGGUGGAAGAAUGUCAAGAUCAACUUUGACAAUGUUGGCGCCGGAUACCUGGCUCUGCUUCAAGUGGCAACAUUCAAAGGCUGGAUGGACAUCAUGUACGCAGCCAUAGACUCCAGAAGGGUGGAGGACCAGCCCAUCUAUGAAGACAACAUCUACAUGUAUAUCUACUUCGUCAUCUUCAUCAUCUUUGGAUCCUUCUUCACCCUCAACCUCUUCAUCGGUGUCAUCAUUGACAACUUCAACCAACAGAAGAAAAAGUUUGGAGGUCAGGACAUCUUCAUGACAGAGGAACAGAAGAAGUACUACAACGCCAUGAAGAAACUGGGUUCAAAGAAGCCCCAGAAACCCAUUCCCAGACCACAGAACAAGAUCCAAGGGUUGGUGUUUGACUUUGUGACCCAGCAAGUGUUCGACAUCUCCAUUAUGAUGUUGAUCUGCCUCAACAUGGUCACCAUGAUGGUGGAGACAGACGACCAGUCGGACGAGACGGAGAACAUCCUCUAUUGGGUCAACUUCAUCUUCAUCGUGGCAUUCACCACCGAGUUCGUCCUGAAACUUUUCGCCCUGCGCCACUACUACUUCACCAAUGGCUGGAACGUGUUCGACACGGUCGUCGUCGUCCUGUCCAUCGCGGGCAUGUUCCUGGCUGACAUCAUUGAGAAGUACUUCGUAUCGCCGACCCUCUUCAGGGUCAUCCGAUUGGCUCGAAUCGGCCGCAUCCUGCGUCUGAUCAAAGGGGCCAAGGGGAUACGGACUUUACUCUUCGCCUUGAUGAUGUCACUUCCUGCCCUGUUCAACAUCGGCCUCCUGCUCUUCCUGGUGAUGUUCAUCUUCAGCAUCUUCGGAAUGUCCAACUUCGGCUACGUCAAACACGAGGCCGGGAUAGACGACAUGUAUAACUUUGAGACCUUCGGGAACAGCAUGAUCUGCUUAUUCAUGAUCACCACGUCUGCAGGCUGGGAUGGUCUCUUGCUCCCAAUCCUCAACUACCCUCCUGACUGCGACUCAACCAUGGAGAACCCAGGUGCACCGUCUACAGGCAACUGCGGCAACCCCUCAGUCGGCAUAUUUUUCUUUGUGAUGUAUAUCAUUAUUUCCUUCCUUGUCGUAGUCAAUAUGUACAUCGCCAUCAUCUUAGAGAAUUUCAGUGUAGCGACAGAAGAGAGCGCCGACCCGCUCAGUGAAGACGACUUUGAGACCUUCUAUGAAAUCUGGGAGAAAUUUGACCCCGCCGCUUCCCAGUUCAUCACCUUCGCAAAGCUGGGUGACUUCGCAGACACCCUGGAGCACCCUCUCCGCAUUCCCAAACCCAACACCAUCGAGCUGAUCGCCAUGGACAUGCCCAUGGUUAGCGGCGACCGCAUCCACUGCCUGGACAUCCUGUUUGCCUUCACCAAGCGUGUGCUGGGCGACAGUGGCGAGCUGGACAUGCUACGCACGCAGAUGGAGGAGCGCUUCGUGCAGGCCAACCCCUCCAAGGUGUCGUACGAGCCCAUCACCACGACACUGCGCCGGCGCCAGGAGGACAUAUCCGCACGCUGCAUCCAGAAAGCGUACCGCGCUCACCUCCUCAAACGGGGCUUCAUCUGCAAGUACAGGCCCAAGACCAAGCUGGAGAACGGAGGGACCAACAACCAGGAGAAGAAAGAGAGCACAGCCUCCACCGCCUCUCUUCCCUCGUACGACAGCGUGACCAAACCUGACAAGGAGAAACAGGAAGAGAACGAGGGAGAGAUGAGAGAGAAGGACAGAAAUCAAAAAGAUGAGCGGGAAUCUAAAUUUUAGUCAGGGUUCAGUGACUGUCAUUAUUACAAUACUACACACAGCCAGAAGGGACUCUGAGCCCAAUAAACAGACAAAUGUAUAAAAAAUAUAAUUUGCAAGUUUAAAAAAAUGUACGAAAACUACACUUUUUUUUUACAGACUUCAAUUUAACACAAAAUGAAGGAUCGAGAUUCGGCGUUGGAUAGUUAGGGUCAGUUGAAGCAAAACACAGAUGGCGAUGUACAUGUUGCCCACGAUAAGAAUUUAGUUAGGACACCAUUAUUAUCACUAAAGGAUUUUACUGCCUGAUGAUAAAUGUCUUCUUUAUUUCUUGGAAAUAAUGUGAGGAAGAACGAUAAUAUAAAUAAUUAUCAAUAAUAACUCAAUAAUAGUGUGCCCGCCAUUGGCAUUCUAUAUAUUCAAAUAUAUGUUCAGGAUCAUCGAAAAGAAGGGGGAAACCUCUGCAAACAAGAUGGAGGGAGAUUUAUUGGCGCAAAAGAGUCUCUGACUGCCAGUACCCUGUGUGGACGAGCCCCUGCAGCGAAAUGUCCACCACUAUGGGAGCACCUCAGGAGAGGAACGGGACGGAACCUAUGUUACAGAACCUUCUAGAACUGUUCUACUACGCAGUCUGACAUGGUCUCUGUAACAUCCACUUCCUGCACUGUCGUUCUUAUCAAGUUUUAAAUACGAAGAAUGAACGUUUGGAGAAAGAAAGAAAACAGAACAGCAGACAAAGUUUUUACUUUGUCAGUUUGUGCUGAAAAUACUUUUAUCUUUACAUUAUUUGAGCAGCAAAAAAAAUGAGAACAAAUAACAUUUAGCCCAUGUCACACUGGUCUCUUUUCAUCUUCUCUCGCUUAGUUAUACUAACAUAAUGAAAAAUACAUUUCAUACAUGGGCUUUCAUACUGUCACACUGGGUAGGGGGCACAAGUCAGUGUUUAGACUUGGGCUGAAGAAGGGUGGGGACUCGCUCUGACCGACUGAGUCUCAGAUAAAUGAUUGUGCUCGUUCAAUGCAUAGAUAUGACUUGCAUGAAGGCAUGUUUUCAUCAGGAAUCAUGCAUGAUGUAAUCAUAGUCCACGAGACACUAAUUAUCUUACUACUCUAAUGGCUCGACCAUACGUUUGAGGCAGUCCACUGGAAAAAUGUUUAUGAGAAAUAGAACUGGAAAAUGACUGGUAUAUAUAUGACACAUAUAUGUCUAUAUAUACAAUAUUGACGGAAUAAAGUGGUGUGACCUACCGUUCACUAUAAUGUUGCUUUUCAACUGCCAGACCGAUCUUUUUAUGACGCCCAUUUGGGAUUUUAAUUGAGUAUGUAGUUACACCCUCAGAGGCAAACCUCUAUUCUGGCACAUUUAUGAAAAACACAAAGUAGAAUUUGAUUAGAUUUUCUUCUGAGCGGGACAAGCAUAGUUGCUGCUGAGUUCUAUCAGGAAUAUAUCUUCAGAAUAAGAAUGAGGAUGCACAGAUUUCAAAGACACUUUUCAGACCGUUCUAAAGAAACCUAAUCGGGGUCUUAUUAAGAGACCCUGGUUUUUACAUCAAAUGUUCACUACCUUUACCUUUGUUGCUACGGUUACCACCCUUACCUGUGGUCUCCAACCAACUCCCUCUUGUUGUUGUGGCAGUACGAACAGGCAAUGUUUGAUGCCAUAUCCUGUAUAUCCAUAUCCUGUAUAUCCAUAUCCUGUAUAUCCAUAUCCUUCACAGAUCAAUGUCAGUUAAAAUUCUAUAAUUCUCCUCCAAUGCUUUGUCUGUCUGCGGACAGGGAAGAGUGAGACAUGUAUCAGUGGUACUGUAGGGGAGGAUGAUGGGAGAUGUUGAAACAGCUGAUAUGUUGAUGCUUCCAUAGAUCCUUUCUUCUGUUUUUUAUUUGAUUCACUUCUGUCCUCUGUCACUCCGUCAGUUCUCUGUUAGACUAUCGUUCACUGUGGCCCAGUGGCACGUCGAUAGACACUAUGAGUUUCCAUCUCUGAAGUAUGUAGAUGUCAUCUGAUCCAAUGCAAUCCUUCUCAGAAGAAAGCUUGAAUUUCAAGCAGUGAGAAUGUAUGUGGCAUAGUAGUUUGUAUCCCAGAGAAAAAUCUGCCAAUUUUGCCCCUGUAAGUCGCUCUGGAUAAAACCGUCUGCUAACUGACCAGAUGUAAAUGUAAAAUGUAGUUCAUCUAUAAAGCAGCAUAGACACAUACAAGUGACAUAGAAGUAUGCGUGUACAUAGAGGGGACCAUGGAGGGGACCAUGGAGGGUACAUAGAGGGGACCAUGGAGGGUACAUAUAGGGGACCAUGGAUGGUACAUAGAGGGAACCAUGGAGGGUACAUAGAGGGGACCAUGGAGGGUACAUAGAGGGAACCAUGGAGGGUACAUAGAGGGGGCCGUGGGGGGUACAUAGAGGGAACCAUGGAGGGUACAUAGAGGGAACCAUGGAGGGUACAUAGAGGGAACCAUGGAGGGGACCAUGGAGGGUACAUAGAGGGGACCGUGGAGGGUACAUAGAGGGGACCGUGGAGGGUACAUAGAAGGGACCAUGGAGGAGACCAUGGAGGGUACAUAGAGCAGCAGGACAUGCUCAGCCACUCCUGGCAUGAUGUACUAAAGGACUGAAAGACGGUCGGCCAUAGAAGGCUUAAGGGUUGUACAGUGGAGAAUAAAAAUAUAUCUGAUUGGAUAGACUUAUUCAGGGAGGUGGGGAUAGUAUAACAAAGGACCAAAGGAGAGACUUAACAGAACCUCUCCUGGACCCUCCACAGUUUCUAGCCUGGCUGCCAUGAAUGCAAAUGAUCAGAGAAAGUCAAGAUGGCAAGCGGGAGCAGCAGGGAAAAUAGUGCUUAUGCCUUCAGCAGGAGUGAGUGCUGAAAGUCCCAUGUUUGUCAGUAUAUCAUUGCGCUUUGUGGGACCUCUUCAACACUGUGUAUAGUGUGUGGAUGUUGGACCCAGGCUUGCAUCAUCAUGUCAUGUGCUAGCAGGCUAUUAUUUGAUUGGUCACCUAGCUGUCUGUUUGAUAAAUGAAGAAUCUGCCUGGGGAUGUAAGGAGGUCAAAGUGACGUGACCUGUCCAACCGUCGUUUCCCACAGAUCUUCUCUGUCUCUGCAGAAUCAAAUUCAAUUAGACUUUUAUCAGAUAGGCCUCGUAUGAUCAACUCGUAUCAAGUCAUGAUUCAUGAUUCACAGUAGAAUCGUGCCUUUAAGAAAACGUGAGGCAGCUUUGAAGCUACUCAAAUGAAACGAGAGCGAGCGCUAGGCUAGGCUGGGCCAAAGAGAUGAUUUAGAUCCCUGUGAGUGACAGGCAGGUGAGACAGGUCGAGACAUAACAAUAACAGCUCCUCUAAAAGGUGUUUGCAACUUUUUUUCCCCACACAGGAGUGAUGUAAUGGUCGUUCAUCUAUACAAACAUACAAACAAACGGAUGCCUGGUCAGACAACAACAUAGUAUCUAGGGAUGCACCAUUGAAGCCAUUAUGGUGUGUUGAACACUGCCUGUACCUGAUAUCCCCAUGUUUGUCUAUUAUUACUAUCUAGAGGUCUGUUUACAAUAUAAAGACAUGUCUACAGAUAAUGUCUGUCUGCUUGACUGCUGCACACUUAAAACCAAAUGCAUUCCCGAUUUGAUCGAUCAAUGACGUUACAACCAUAAGAGCAAACAAUGCCAUCCAGUUUCAGCCCGUGCUCAUUUUGGAUGUCAUGUUUUAGAUGAAUGAUGUAUCGAUCAGUGAAUUUACUUGGAGAAAUAAAAUCAAUAAAAAUAUACAUGUAUGUGCAGUGCGGGCUAUGAUGACACAAUCACUGAAAAAGAAUGAACUUUUUAAAAGAAACUAUAAAUAAUGUACUAUAUUCUUUUAUUUUA